AUGGCGUACUACGUCCGCGAGAUGAUGCCCGGCAACCUGUACAUCACAAUGUCCCUGCACGACGACCCCCGAUACAUCGCCGGGCCUCUCCUCUGCCCUACGCGCCCACCCGCCGCCUUUGAGCCCUCGUCCUACGAAACGACGUGCAACCCCUUCUUCGACCACGAGCAGAAUACGGCCUACCUCUACCAAUGCAAGGUCGACCCGAAGCAGAGCCUGUACCUGCUCACCACUGAGACCAUGUCGCCCGUCGAGCUGCGGAUGAAGCGCUCCGUCGUCAUCAUCCUGAACGUCUUUGGCGUCCCGCGCCAGCUCUGUGACGUGGUCACCAACUACCUCGUCUGGCUUCUGCGGCACACGGCGCGCACCGCGUCGCGCACCUUUAUCUGGGCCGCCACGGGCUACGUGCGAAGUCGUGAGCACGCGGCGGGGGUAUGCACCGACGGAGACGACUCGGGCAACACGUUUGUCGUCAACGGCUUCCUGCGGGAGGCGUUGGGCCUGGGGCACAGCGAGCUGGGCUAUGCCAUUGGCGGACAGGUGCCACGACCGGUCAUUGUGUCGCGGUUCGCGGUCACCAUUGUCGAGGAGGGACGUGAAGAGGAUGAUGGCCAUGUGGAGGAGGAGACGCAGGGGCCACAAGGACCGCUCAAGACGCCACUCAUGUUGCCCAUGGACGCAUGGCCGUCGCUGGAGGACUCGCACCGAAAGGACAAGAUGUAG